AAAUUUUGUAAGAGGUCAAUUUACUUGUAUAAUUUUAAAAGAAGCUGAGAGUGAAGAGAUCGAUCACAAUUCACAUUCACAUUCACUCGCAGGAGUAGCCUCCGGUGUCAAGGCUUUGCUGUUUUUUAAUAUACUUCGAUAUUGCUUCAACCGGAAUGUAAUCAAGAAGCCUAUUUUGUGCAAAAUGUAGCUAGGUAAUACAAGUGCACGCCUUUCUUGUGUGCAAGUAUGACUCCGGUUUCCAGAAAGCUUUACACAGAUGACGUCAGUCUUUUGGUGGUGUUAAUUGACACCAAUCCAUACUUUUGGAGCACAAAUAACAGUGGCCUUCCAUACUCCAAAUUCCUUUCUCAUCUUGUAGCAUUUUUGAACUCAAUACUUUUGCUCAACCAGCUUAACCAAGUUGUUGGUAUUGCUACGGGGGUCAAUUCCUGCGGUUACAUAUAUGAUUCUUCAUUGGCACCUCCAAAUAAGAGAGCUGAGACUUUGUUGCAGAAGUUAGAGGAGUUUGUGAUUAAAGAUGAAGAAUUAAGUGCUGAAGAUUCAGUUGAUGGAAUCAAGUCUUCGUUGCUAUCAGGGUCUCUUUCAAUGGCUCUUUGUUAUAUACAGCGGGUAUUGCGAUCUGGCUCACUUCAUCCACAGCCUCGGAUACUAUGCUUGCAUGGAUCUCCAGAUGGACCUGGACAAUAUGUUGCAGUCAUGAAUUCAAUAUUCUCAGCACAACGCUCAAUGCUACCUAUAGAUUCCUGUGUUAUAGGAGCUCAGCAUUCUGCUUUUCUGCAGCAGGCUUCUCAUAUAACUGGUGGUAUAUAUUCGAAGCCCCAACAAUUGGAUGGGCUGUUUCAGUAUCUUUCGACACUAUUUGCUACAGAUUUGCAUUCUCGUAGUUUUAUACAACUCCACAAGUCUGUCGGUGUGGAUUUUCGUGCCUCGUGUUUUUGCCACAAAAGCACAAUUGAUAUGGGCUACAUAUGUUCUGUCUGUUUGUCUAUAUUUUGCAAGCCUCACAAGAAGUGCUCAACAUGUGGGUCAACUUUUGGGCAACCUCAAGCAACUGUUUCUCCUACAAAUUUGAAGAGAAAAGCUCCGGAUUCAUGAAGAACAUUUGUAGCAAAGUUUUGUACUAUAGAAUUGUUUAGUUGGCCAUCAUGUUGCUAGUAACACUGGGCUCCUUUUUUGGGCAAUGUUUUUCAAGCAAAAUAUGUACAGUUGACAUGGCAAAAAAAAAAAAAAAAACUGAAAGAAAGAAAACAAAGGUGUAUUGUUGCUGAUGAGAAGUUUUCGCAAUCAUGACAGAUUACCAAAAUACACACAAGGAGCGAGUUUGUUGAUAGGCAGCAGCAUUUUUUCAGUACUGUUGUGCUGCUAGUUAUCUGGGAAGUUACAUCUUAAAUAUCUGUUUAGUUUGUUGUAUUGUGUUAAUUUGCAAACAUAGGAGCUCUCUUUUGAGUUUUGUGCAAACAUGCAAACUAUGUGUUCAUGGUUUAUGUGUAGUACUGUUGUUACUACUAUUCUGCAAACAUACAAGCUCCCCCUUAACUUUCGAGCACACAUGCAAUCUAUACUUUGGCAUUAAAGUCU